CGGCGAUAAGGAAACACCAAACCAGACAGGCACAGGGAGCAGGGGAGAAUCAGACAGCAGUUGAUCUUCGAACUUGCAUGUUCUUGUGUGAUUGAAAAUGAGCUUAUCAUCUCCAACCAGUGCCUGCAGCUCGUCAAGAUGCUACUCCUCGUGCUUAUCGUUGCCUUUAGGGUUUCGAUCAAAUCCCGUCAAUGUAGGAUUAGCUUCUUACCCAAGAAAACACAUUAACUCUCCUCGGAACCUCAUCAUCGCUUCCUCCUCUUCCUCCUCUUCCUCUUCCGAUCCAUUAUUGGUUAAAGCUGCUAAAGGGCAAGUUGUGUCACGCCCUCCCGCUUGGAUGAUGAGACAAGCAGGAAGGUACAUGUCUGUCUACAAAAAGCUAGCUCAGAAGCACCCUUCCUUCAGAGAAAGAUCAGAGAACACUGAUCUCAUAGUAGAGAUCUCUUUGCAACCCUGGCAAGCUUUUAAACCAGACGGUGUCAUCAUAUUCUCUGACAUCCUCACUCCUCUACCCGCAUUCGGUGUCCCUUUCGACAUCGAAGAAGUUAAAGGCCCUGUGAUCCAAUCUCCCAUCAGAACUGAAGAUGAUUUGAAGAAGCUUCAUCCUAUUGAUCUUGAGAAGCUUGACUUCGUUGGAGACUCUCUAAAGAUUCUGAGACAAGAGGUUGGAGGAGAUGCUGCUGUGUUGGGUUUCGUUGGAGCGCCUUGGACUAUUGCGACUUAUAUAGUUGAAGGAGGGACGACUCGGACGUAUACGGUUAUAAAGAGUAUGUGUCAUACUGCACCGAAUGUGCUGAGAGGUCUUUUGUCUCAUUUGACUAAAGCUAUUACGGAGUAUGUUGUGUACCAAGUUGAGCAUGGAGCUCACUGUAUACAGAUAUUUGAUUCGUGGGGUGGACAGUUGACUCCGGAGAUGUGGGAGCGUUGGUCCAAACCUUACAUUGAAGAGAUUAUUCAUGCUGUAAAGAGAAAAUGUCCAGACACGCCGAUUGUUUUUUACAUUAAUGGAAAUGGUGGACUUCUUGAGCGGAUGAAAGGAACCGGAGCUGAUGUUAUUGGACUUGACUGGACUGUAGAUAUGGCUGAUGGAAGGAGGAGACUGGGGAGUGAUGUAAGCGUGCAGGGGAAUGUUGAUCCUGCUUACCUAUUCUCUCCGCUUCCUGCUUUAACCGAAGAAAUCCAGAGAGUUGUGAAAAGUGCUGGACCAAAAGGGCAUAUACUCAACCUAGGACAUGGUGUCUUGGUAGGGACACCAGAAGAAGCGGUGGCUCAUUUCUUUGAAACCGCAAGGAGCUUGGAUUACAAAACGUUUUUCCAAAACAAUGUUCCUGCAGAAUCUGAACUGGUUGCUUGAGGUGAAGAAUGUUGAAUAGACAGGAAUCAGAGAGAGACUUCCGUUUCUGACUCGUAAUCUGUCCCAGAGUUGGUAACUUGCUAUGAGAACAUUCGACGCUGUCCUAGUUUUAACUCUUUAACAGUGUCUUGAGUUAGUUGCUCGUUGAAAAUUUUCCCUGUUUUUUUUUUUUUGCUUGAUCUUUGUAUCUGUUGUAUCUUCGACGUAAAACCAACAAGUAAUUUCUUUUGUAUCAUGAAUUGAAAAAACAAAAAUGCAGAAGAGAACUCUCU